AUGAAUAAUGCACCACAAUUUUCCUUACGAUGGAAUAAUUAUGUUAGCCAUGUUACGGAAGCUUUUAAUAUUCUCCGGUUUGAGAAUGAUUUGGUUGACGUGACCUUAUGCUGUGAUGGUGGUAAAAUAAAAGCCCACAGAAUGCUUUUGUCAGCUUGUAGCAAUUACUUUAAACAAAUUUUUAAAGAGAAUCCAUGCCAACAUCCUGUGAUCAUAUUUAGAAACUUUAAAUAUGAAGACCUCAACGCUAUCAUCAAUUUUAUGUACCAUGGUGAAGUGAAUAUUUUUCAAGAACAGUUGGAGUCAUUUCUUAUUACUGCUGAGCUACUGGAAGUAAAGGGCUUGACUGACAAUUUGGAUGAUGACACAUAUAAAAAUCAGAUAAGAGUGAGUGAUAAUACUUCAUUAGAUUUGACUUCAAAAUCAAGAUCAGAGACAUUUCCUGAAACUCCUCAUACUUCAGAAGAACCUAUAAACUUGGCCCCUUUACAAACUGCACGAGAGGAAGUCCUUCCAACAAAUACUCCAUUAGUAGUGGACCAAGAUAAUACGUUUGAGUUACAACUAGAUUCAAAUAAAGAUAACUCCAUAAAAGUAAAGCCAUCAGGGUCAACGGAUGAAAUGCAAAUUGACAAUCAAUCUACUUCUGCAGAAGAUUUAUCAGACAAAAAUAGUUCAGAAAGUGAUUUAGCAAAGUUCCGUUGUCAGUUAUGUCCUAAAGGCUUUAAGCAUCCCACAUCAUUGACGCUUCAUAAAGAUUCACACGCUGGCAAAACACAGUGUCCAGUUUGCCGUCGGUCAUUUUCCAGAUCCUAUGAUAUGAGAAGUCACCUCCAAAGAAUUCAUCAAGGAAAACAGCUCACUAUAAAGGAAAUAAGAUACAAAAAUUCUAAUGAUACUGUCGCAUCCAAGCAAUUUACUCAUAACAUUUAG